CCGGAACGCAUCGCCAUGGACACGACGGCGGUAGAGUGUGAUAUAAUGAGACAGUCGAGGCGAUGCAACGAGAGCCCAAUGAUGAAAUCAGAAAACAAAUGGAUAUUUAACCAAGAACCGGAGGACUUCGGUUAUUGGCUAAGAACCACCACUGUGGUUACAGUCAACUGUAUGUUAGAAGAAGUCGUCCUUUCCCGAAUUGACGAAGGAGACAUGAUAAACACGCCACUAAGAAAAACCAACGUAUCCCAUGGAUCUCUAUCCCAUAACCAUCUAACACUAUUUUGGAUCGACACCUACGGAAAACCAACUGAUAUCGCAAUCCGACAAUUAGAGAAAGGCGUGGGAUUCUGGUACGAAUCUUCAACGAACGGGACUUGGAUCCUCCAAGACGACUCCAAACAGUUGGACUUUCACGUACGGUUGACGUCACGCUGCCAAACCGUGAAAUGCGACAAAAAAAUAGACAGUUGGACCGUGAUCGGAGACAACCAUUUGUUCAUCAUUAAAUACCCAUUGGGACCGUCCGCAGUUACCGUACCAUCCAUCAUCAAGGAUAUUGUGACAAAAAGAAAUGACCCUUCAGAUAUCAACAUCCGACAAAACGCAAGAAUCCAGUAUUUGGAGGACGCCACCAUCCGUCACGAAAAUGAACUUAUCCGCGUCAUCCAGAGCAUGCAGUGCGACCAACGACGUGCUAAACACGCACAAGCCGUGUCAACUGCCCAAUACAAUGGAUGGCUGGCAGCCGCACAGCUGGGUCUUCGGCAAUGCAUCAAACUGAUCGCCACCGGAAACAUCGUCUCAGCCCUACAAUGCACCCCUACAACAGUAAAUUUCACGACGGAUACAACCACUUGUGGACCUCAACCGCGGUUCAACAAUUUCACCAUUGGCCGGUCCGGUUGGGAACUCACUGCUUUCACGCCAUGCUACUGGGCUGGAAGUAUCGUGAAUUUUAACGACAAACCUCACGCCUAUCGCAAUAACACGUGGCAACCGGUCGAAGCAUCCGUCGUCAUCCCACAGCGUGAUUUAGCUGACGCUUUCCUAUAUCAAGACGUCAACUUCUUCGAAUAUCAACAUCAAACCAAUCCCGCUUAUACGGAAGUCCUCAUUAGCCCAAUGGAUAUAAUGGCCGAUAUCACAGCCUCCACUCCCUGA